AUGUUGGCGGGGCCUCCGUUCAGCUUUCUGGAAACCCUCGACAAGGCCGACGCGGCCAUCGACUCAAACGCCGAGCUUGCAAGGGCGAUUCUCAAGUCUGGGCUGCAAGCCUUUCAAGGGAUGCUAGAUGCACCCGGCGCUACGGACGUGGCCAUGCCGCAUGAAUGGGCUGGAGUUGCCAAGCACAUAGACAUUGACAAGGCUAGAAGCACUAUUCGCCAAUUCUAUCGUGACUGGACCGCAGACGGCGCGAAGGAGAGGGAGGCUUCCUACGGGCCCAUCAUGAAGGCUCUCGCCGAGGAAAGGUCCAAAUCAGCAAAUGAAGGACUCUACAAAGUACUGGUCCCCGGAGCCGGUCUGGGAAGGCUUGUAUUCGACCUGUGCCACGCUGGGUUCGAAGCAGAAGGCAAUGAGAUCUCAUAUCACCAGCUCAUUGCAUCGUCAUUCAUCCUGAACGAGUGCCAGGGUCCAGAGCAGUUCACCAUCUACCCCUGGGUACACACGUUUUCCAACCAUCUAACGCGGGAGAACCACUUGAGAGGAUACAAUGUACCGGACGUGCACCCCGGGGCCGCGCUCGCCGCCGUCGCCAAUCGCGGCAUCAUGACCAUGUGCGCCGCCGACUUCCUCUGCCUCUACGGCGACGACGAGCACGCAGGCCAGUACGACUCCGUCGCGUGCUCCUUCUUCCUCGACACGGCCCCCAACCUCAUCCGCUACCUAGAGGUGAUCCGGCACUGCCUGCGGCCGGGCGGUGUCCUGGUCAACGUCGGCCCCCUGCUGUGGCACUUUGAGAACAACGCGCCGGGCAACCACGGCAACGACGAUGACGGGGACGGCGACCACGACCACAGGAACUCGUCGGGCAUCGCGGACCCGGGCAGCUUCGAGCUGGCGAAUGACGAGGUGAUGGCGCUUCUCGCGCGGCUGGGGUUCGUGGUCGAGUGGCUGCGGACGGGCAUCGAGGCGCCGUACAUACAGGACAGGGAUAGCAUGCUGCAGACGACCUAUAGGGCCAACGCGUGGCUGGCGCGAAAGCCAAUGACGGAGGCGUCAUAA